UACUACACUUCAAUAUAAUUGCACUUAUUGAAUUAUGCACCUUCAAAACGUUAAUUAACUCUCCAUGGCCCUCCUAUCAAAUUUGUCUCACUAAUUAUUGUACACCAGGCAUCCUUGAAAUGGUGUAGUAUUAUAAAUUAAGCUACUAUCCUUCUUGUUCUUCUCACUCUCCAAUGGAACCCAAUCAUCCUCAACUUCGACCAAUCUCCCAUUGCUUCAUUACACAUGAAUAUCUUCCCCCACAAUCAAACCAACCCUUCUAUUUGGGCCCUUCUGAUCUCCUCGUGCUUUCCGUCCACUACAAUCAGAAAGGCCUUCUCUUUCACAAACCUCCUGAGGCCUUCAACCAUGGAGAUCAUUUUAUGGUUACUCUUCUUCAUCGCCUCAAAAGCUCACUCUCUGCCACUCUCUUUCAUUUCUACCCACUUACCGGCCGCCUUGCUACCACUACCAAUGGGAUAAUUUAUGUUGACUGUAUUAACAGCCCUGGUGCCAAGUUCAUCCAUGCCGCCCUUGACAAUAUUACAGCCUCUGACAUUCUCUCCCCGCUUCAUGUGCCUUCACUCGUCCAAUCUCUCUUCGACCUCAACAAAGUCGUCAAUUAUGAUGGCCAAACCUUGCCUUUGCUAUCCAUUCAGGUAACUGAAUUAUUGGAUGCUGUCUUCAUUGCCUGCUCUUUCAACCAUUGUCUUGGCGAUGGAACUUCCUUUUGGAAUUUCUUCAACAUGUGGUCUGAGAUCUUUCAAGCUCCAUCAUCUGAAGAUGGACAUGCAAUUAUUUCAAUUUCACAACCACCCAUUCUAGAGCGGUGGUUUCCUGAUGGGUAUGAUCCAAUUAUCAAUCUCCCCUUCACAGAUCCUAGUCAAUUUAUUAGCCGAUUCGAAGCACCCGAGUUAAGGAGGAGAUUUUUCCACUUCUCAGCAAAAUCAAUUGCAGAUUUGAAGGCAAAAGCCAACGAAGAGUGCGACACCAAAGAUAUUUCCUCCUUUCAAACGUUGACCGCACUUGUAUGGCGAGCCAUAACGCGAGCUCGACGCAUACCGCUGGAUCAAAGCACCUGUUGCAUGAUGUCAGCAAAUUACAGACGAAGACUAAAACCAGCGUUGCGUGAAAAUUACUUAGGCAACAUGAUUACAUCAGUGAAAGCGGAUGCAAAAGUGGGAGAAUUGGUUGAAAGAGCUGGGUUGGGUUGGGGUGCAUGGAAAUUGCACGAAGCUGUGAAGAACCUCACAUACGAAAAGAUAAGAGAAUCACUUGAGGAGUGGAUCAAGUGUCCAUAUACUUAUCAAUUGGGUUCUAUUUUGAAUCCGAAUAUAAUCAAGAUGGGGGGCUGGUCCAGAUUCAAUGUGUAUGGGUCAGAAUUUGGAAUGGGGAAAGCAGUUGGAGUUCGAAGUGGAUAUGGCAACACAUUCGACGGAAAGGUUAUUGUUUAUCCUGGAUGUGAAGGGGGAGGAAGUAUAGAUUUAGAAAUAUGUUUGCUCCCACAAAAUAUGGCAAAUUUGGAGUCUGAUUUGGAGUUCAUGAACGCUAUAUCUUCUUCUCCACCUCACUUGUCAUGUACUUAAUCAUGAUCUUUAAACCAAAUAACCAAUCAAUAACAGGAUCAUAUAUCCUGAAGUUGGGCAGUGAUGAAGUGUGAUUCCUUUUCUCUUCUGUUUUUCUAAAAAGUAUUUUAUUAUCGUUCACUUUUUUUAAUGUAUUUUGUUAGAAUAUUUAUUAUUAUUAUUAAUAUAAUAACAUUUUAUGUUA